ACACAGGUCUUCUUCUACGCCGUUGACCUUCCUGCUCGUAUGACGACACAUCAAAACAAUAACAAUUUGACCUUGUUGAUGUGGACUUUGCUUCAGAAUAACAUUAUUGUAAAUGAGAGAAUAAAACGAUCAGAGGAUGAAUACGGCUCUGAGACACUGGAAGGAGGCCGCGACGGUCAUACUAGCUGCUGGUACGAGACAUAAACUCCCUGUAGAUAGUUUGACGAGGUGUGUCGAUAAAGGCACCUCUGCACCUGCGAUCAGUGGGCACUGCAACCUACCUGACAGGUUAGCCUUCGACUAUGAAGUGUUGUUGUUGAAACGAAGCGGUACGAGUGGUUUCAUGCCGAAUGCUUAUGUCUUUCCCGGCGGUCUGGUGGAACCGGCAGAUUUCUCAAGGGAAUGGCUUGAUCUUUUUAAAUCUUUUCGGCGCUCACCGAAUUUUGGACUGGGAUUUGUGAAACAGCCGCCGGAGACGAGACCUCCUAUCUUCGCCACUGACAGGAAGAAACUGGGUUCUCCCGUUCCAGGGGACGUCGCAUUUAGAAUCUGUGCCGUGAGGGAAACGUUCGAGGAGUCGGGUGUACUUCUAGUCGUGCCAAAAGAGGAAGAGAGUACUUUACUGAACAGCAUCGAGAACAACAGAUACAGUCAGUCUGAAUUAACCAGAAUAACCGAUCUCUGUGACAAGAGUGAAUUGGCUAAAUGGAGAGUGCUGGUAAACGAGAACCCCUGUAACUUCAUCAGAAUGUGCAGGGAGCUGGAGUGUCUACCAAACAUCUGGGCUCUGCAUGAAUGGGGUAACUGGCUGACCCCUGCUGGUGUGUACGGGAAACAGCGGAGGUACGACACGGCCUUCUACAUUUGCUGCUUGCAAGAAACACCACCUCACACCCUACAAGACGAGAAGGAAAUUGUGCACUUUAAGUGGUCCACCCCCUCAGAGAUCCUCCACAGCUACCAGGCCAGAGAUAUGUGGAUAGCCCCUCCACAGUUCUAUGAUCUCAGCCGUAUGUGCCGGUUCCCCACCCUGCUGGACCUCCACAGCUUCUCCAGACAGAGAGCUUCAGAGGGCUGUGAACAGUGGCUCCCUGUCCGCAUGGUGUCAGACAGCUACUACAUAUCCCUCCUCCCAGGUGACGAGCUGUACCCAGAGGGUUCAUGUCAGAUGGAUGUGACUCUGAACACAGACCAGAGCCUUGAUGAGCUACAUCAGGGCUGCUCAGCACUGCACCGUAUCGUAGCCUUGGACCCCUACACCGCUGCUGCCGUCAUCACCAUCACACCCAAAUACAACCACCUGCUGCCCUUCCCCCGGUCCAGCCUGAGAACCAGCGCCAGCAGUCAGCUCUGAGAGACGGGUUGAUCACCAUCACCCCCAAAUACAACCACCCGCUGCCCUUCCCCCGGUCCAGCCUGAGAACCAGCGCCAGCAGUCAGCUCUGAGAGACGGGUUGAUCACCAUCACACCCAAAUACAACCACCCGCUGCCCUUCCCCCGGUCCAGCCUGAGAACCAGCGCCAGCAGUCAGCUCUGAGAGACGGGUUGAUCACCAUCACACCCAAAUACAACCACCUGCUGCCCUUCCCCCGGUCCAGCCUGAGAACCAGCGCCAGCAGUCAGCUCUGAGAGACGGGCUGACACUCAAAUGGAACCCUAUUCUCAAUUACUUUUCAGCAGAGAUACACAAACAUCUGGUCAACAGUAGUGCACUAUAUAGGGAAUAGGGUGCCAUAGGGCUCUGGUCUAAAGUAGUGCACUAUAUAGGGAAUAGGGUGCCAUUUGUGAGUUGACCCAUGUAUUGUACUGUACAGGCUUGCUGCUGGUUUCCCUACUACUGUGUUCUGCUACCUGACAAAGGGUUCCCGAGUGGCGCAGUGGUCUAAGGCAGUGCAUCGCAGUGCUAGAGGCGUCACUACAGACCCCGGUUCGAUUCCAGGCUGUAUCACAACCGGCCGUGACUGGGAGUCCCAUAAGCCGGCGCACAAUUUAUUGCCACAAUUCAGGCCAUCAUUGUAAAUGAGAAUUUGUUCAUAACUGACUUGCCUAGUUAAACAAAGGUUAAAUAAAACAUUUAUUAAAUUCUGUGA